AUGGACAGCAACGUGGCGGAAGUAGUUCUGAAAGGCCGAUCCAGGAUCGUAUUUGGCGGGGAAGAUUCCGGCCUACCGCUCUACACUCUUGAUACGGAGGUUGUAGAGGCCUUUACUCUGGAAAGGUUUAAGGAGCUGAUUGCCUCCAAUGUUAAGGAAGGAAAGGACUUUGUAGUUGGGGAGGUGACUACAAGGGAUCCUCCAACGGGUUCAAUCUUUAAGAACUACUAUGCUGCAGUUGAACUGAACAGAAUCCUCUUUUGUGUAGAGGGCCGUAACAACCUUUUGUACAGGGUAAUAGCUAGGAAUCCAAUAAACAACCUUGAGAUUGAAGGAAAAGUCUUGUAUUACAAGAUAACAUGGAAAGCUCUGUCCAGCGCCGUGGAGAAAAGGCAUUCUUCCAAGGACGAGUUUCUGAUAAAAGCAGACUACUUUGCUAAUGAUGAGGAUCUGCUUUUUGAUCCAUCGGUUAGAAGAUACUUUGCCAAGAACUUUGCAGAUGAAGAGUAUUUCGUGCAUCGACUCGAGAAUAUGGAAAGCCCAAUGGUGAUCUCGGAGGAUCCGUUAGAAGGCUACCGCGAUGACAAAUUCGGGCUUAAGAUCAUACUCUACACAAACAUAGGGACUAUAUUGGUUGUAUUUGGAAUGUGUAUCCUCCUUGGGUCCAGAGAGGCUUUUUUUGUUGCAAUUGCCCCUCUUUCAAUGACACUCCUCUUUUCAAUCCUCUUCCUUGUCCUCUACGCCUUGCUUUUCGAGGCUCCAGAGGGCCUUUCUUCGAUAUUCAACUUCCGAAAAACUAGAUUUAGAUACGAAAGCAGUUAA